CGCAGCGGCCAGCCACAAUGCCUGCGCUGCACUGAUGGAGGAGCAUGGGGAGCGGGGCACUCGCUGGUUCCAUCGGCAGGCUGACGAGCCAGCAGCCGGCGCGCAGGAGCCCAUCACGCACUUGAAGGUGCCGGGGCAACCGGCGCCUGUGGCGCUCACGGGGCCGGGCACGCGCAACACUGUCUCCGCCGCCGCCGCAGCCAUGUACAGCAGCACCAGCCCCACCGGCCUGUUCCGCGUGCAGCCGGUCUGUACGGCGUCGCAGCAACAGCUUCUGGCGGCCAUUGACCGCAAGGUUCCGGCGGAUCUGCAGGCCGCCGCAGAGGGGUCCGGUGACGGCGCCCUCAGUGAUGCCGAGCUGAUGGCAGCGCUGGCUGGCUCCGCCAAUGGUAAAGCGCCUGGGUCGGAUGGGGUGCCGUACGAGGUGUACAAGGUUUUCUGGGCGCUGCUGGGUCCGCGCUUGUGUGCUGCUGCUGCCGCUGCCUUUGCUGCCGCUGCAGACGCCCACGAUGGCGGCGAAAUGGCGGCGGCGCUGCCCGCCUCCUGGCGGGAGGGCAUCAUCACGCUCAUCUACAAGGGCAAAAGCCUGGACCGCGCCGAGCUGGCGUCCUACCGGCCCAUCACGCUGCUCAACUGCGACUUCAAGAUGGUGUCCAAGGCCGUCAGCGCCCGCCUGCAGCCCGCCCUGGAUGCAGUUGUGGAUGAGCUGCAGACCGCGUUUAUCACCGGCCGCUGGAUUGGAGACAACGCGCUGUACCUCCAAGGCCUGAUCGAAUGGAUGCGCCUGGACGUGGGCGCGGACGGCACGCCACGGCAGGGUGGUGCGCUGUACUUCUUGGACAUAGAAAAGGCGUAUGACCAGGUGCACCGGCAGUGGCUGUAUGCGUCCGCAGAGGGACUGGGGUUUGGGCCGCGCAUGCUGCGCUGGAUCCGCCUGCUCACUGCCAACGGCUCUGCCCGCGUGUGUGUGAACGGGAUGCUCUCUGACGCCUUCCCAGUGCUGAACGGCUUGCCGCAGGGCAGCACCGCCUCACCACCCCUGUGGGUCAUCCAGAUGCAGCCACUGACGUCCUUUCUGCGGCGGCAGGUGGAGCAAGGGGCACUGCGCACGCCCCUGUUACCCAGCGGCGAGCAGGCACCGCCUGCUGCCCACCACGCUGACGACACGACCCUCACGGCGCGCGACCCGGCAGUGGACGGGCCGGUCCUGAUGGCGGCAGUACAGCUGUUCUGCCGCGCGUCCAACGCCGUGUCCAUCCGGACAAGAGCAAGGCCAUGGGCCUUGGCAGCUGACUUGUACACCCGGCGGGCUCGCGGCAUGGCGUUUGUGGCGCGUCUGUGGGCUGCCCUGUCUCUGACCCUGGUUGGCCGUGUGCACAUUGCGAAGCAGGUGUUGGCGGCGAAGCUGGCCUACCACUUCAGCUUCCUCAACCCGUCGCCUGCACAGCUGAAGGAACUCACCGACCUGGUGGACCACUUUGCUGCGCGCUCCAUGCACGCUGAGGACGCCAGCCUGGUGUCGCAUGGGAACCCGCUCCUGCUGCCCAAGCGGGAAACGGCCUGUCUGCCGUACAAGGAUGGGGGUGUCAACCACGUCGACCUGCCUGCGUUCCUGUCUGCCCUGCAAGCUAAGACUUUUGCCCUCCUUGCCCAGCCAGGCCGGCAACCCUGGAGGACGCUCACCCGGGCGCUGCUUACCCAUGUGCGCCCGGACUCCGCCACCACGUGGGCGUGGGUGUACAGCGACGCGCCAGCGCCAGCGGGGCUGCCUGCCCGGCUGGCGGCCGCAGUCGGCCACUUUCUCACCGCACAGCUCAAGGCGGCUAAGCUGGAGCACUUUGUUGCCAUCUGGUCGUGGCGGGUUAGCCUGGACCAGCUGUGGGUGGCUAAUGCUGCGGGGGCUGUGUCCUACGUCCACUACACGGGGCGGCUCGUGGAGCCUGGGCCUGGCGUGCUGCCCCCGGCGGUGGAUGGCGCGUGGCAGCCUGCCUGUGUGCUGCAGCAUCGCAAGCCGCGGCACCUGUGGACCUUUGAAGAUCGGGCGGCGUACGAUGCAGCAUCACCAGGGGACCGGGCGGGGGCGUGGCCUCGGGCGCCGUACUUCCUGGCGCCGGAGGCUGGGGUGGUGGUGCACCCGGAGCACUGCCGGAUUGCGGGUGUCAGCUUGGCGGACUACACAGUGCGGGACGUGCGGCGGGCCAUCACCGCGGCUAACCCGGCCGCACCUCCGCCUCCGGCCGGCCCCGCAGCCAUGCCGUGCCCGGCGCCAGCACAGCAGGCGGGGGGUUCGGGGACCCAGCCGGCGGCACAGUCGCGGCUGGCGGAGCGGGAGGCGGAGUGGCAGCAUGCAGCGGCGCAGCUGACCACCACGGCGGCGCAGCACUUCAACAAUAACCCGGUGGCUCUGGACCCCUGGCUCCACCGCACCUCUGCGGCAGCCGGGCUGCAGAACACGCCGGCGAGAGAACUGCAGUCGUAUGCAUCCCCGUUCCAGCACUCGGGUGAGGGGCCGCGGCGUUCCGCGCGGCUGCAGGAGCAGGCGGCGGGCGGGGCGGGACCUAGCACGGGGCCUGCCACGGCGGCGGCGGCAGCAGCGGUGGCGGUGGAGGGCGACCCUCGCACGCCGCCCCCGGAUGCGUCCCUUCUGCGGGCUUAUGCGCAGGCGAGGACGUGGCUGCAGCAGCUGUGGGCCUGCGUUGCGCCCCAGGCAGCGGCGCCGCCAGUGACGGACGCGGGCUUCAUGCUGGGGGACCGCAUGGGUAUGUGGGCCUCAGGCCCGCGGGGGGCGGGCGCGCUGCUGUGGAGCACUUUGCGGGCCACCUUCUUGUACACCGUCUGGUGUGCGUACUGGUCCCGCGAGCCUGCUAAGCAGACGUCGGAGCAUGUGGUUCGGGAGGUGGUCAGCGAGCUGCGCAGGGUGAUGCAGCUGCGUUUCACUGCCGCCACGCUAACCCCUGAAACCCUGUCGGCUCUGCCCACACAGCUUCUCACCGCGCAGCUCAAGGCGGCUAAGCUGGAGAACUUUGUUGCCAUCUGGACGGCGGGUGGCGCGCUUUGUGAAGUGGAGGAGGUUCAGGCUCUGGCUGGCGUCACAGCGCCUGGGCGGCUGUGGGACCUCCUGCACAGCGCGUCUUGCAGCGGGCUGCAGCUUGUAGAUGAGCGUGAUGAUGCCCUCCCGCCAGGAGGCGGGCAGCGCUGGGCCCGUGUCCAUCCGGACAAGAGCAAGGCCAUGGGCCUUGGCAGGUUUGCGCACCUGACGGGCCCUUGCCCACACACGGGGGUGCCGUUUACCACUGGCGCCGUGAUGCACCUGGGGGUGCCUCUGUCGUGGGACUCUGAUGCGGCUGCAGCUGACCUGUUCACCCGGCGGGCUCGCGGCAUGGCGUUUGUGGCGCGUCUGUGGGCUGCCCUGUCUCUGACCCUGGUUGGCCGUGUGCGCAUUGCGAAGCAGGUGCUGGCGGCGAAGCUGGCCUACCACUUCAGCUUCCUCAACCCGUCGCCUGCGCAGCUGAAGGAACUCACCGACCUGGUGGACCACUUUGCUGCGCGCUCCGUGCACGCUGAGGAUGCCAGCCUGGUGUCGCACGGGAACCCGCUCCUGCUGCCAAAGCGGGAAACGGCCUGUCUGCCGUACAAGGAUGGGGGUGUCAACCACGUCGACCUGCCUGCGUUCCUGUCUGCCCUGCAAGCUAAGACUUUCGCCCUCCUUGCCCAGCCAGGCCGGCAACCCUGGAAGACGCUCACCCGGGCGCUGCUUACCCAUGUGCGCCCGGACUCCGCCACCACGUGGGCGUGGGUGUACAGCGACGCGCCGGCGCCAGCGGGGCUGCCUGCCCGGCUGGCGGCCGCGGUCGGCCACCUUUGAAACAGUCGACGUCAUUUCUCUCGCGCUGUUUGACUUGCUUCCUUUUGUUUUAGGCUUCUUAAGGCCUACGAACCACUGUGACGCAGUUUGCAUUUGUGGGCGUGCUCGUUUUUUGUCAGUCCACUUUGCAGCUGUAGCGCGACACUCCCUCUCCAGCGCCCUUCAGCCUAUGCCAGCUUGUGCUUUGGAACUCGACACCGCUAUGGAAUAGGAUUCUGGCGGUUCAGGAGCGUCGCCGUGGAGUUGGCGACAUUUCGCUUGUCGGCAUUUUAACAUCU